GGUUGAACACAAUUCACUGGACAGCACCCAGUAGGCUGUCCCUAGGAAUUAGAGGCAAAUCCCGGGGAAAGGUACUUUUCAUUAGACUUUGUUUGCUGUAACUCUUUUUCCCAGCACCAGGGAGAGGACCGUCUCCUAAGACUUCUUCAUCAGUAAGACAUUUAAAGACAAACAUCUGGAAACCAUCAGAAUAACAUGGGAGAACCUGGGAAGAGGAUUGGAACCCAUGGGGUGACAUGCUUUUCAAAAAUGAAGAUGUUUCUUUUGGCAUUAACAGGGGCAUAUGUAGCAAAAUCACUAUCAGGAAUUUAUAUGAAUUCCAUGCUCACACAAAUAGAGAGACAAUUCAAUAUCCCCACUUCUAUAGUUGGAUUUAUCAAUGGGAGCUUUGAGAUUGGAAACCUUUUGUUCAUUAUAUUCGUGAGUUAUUUUGGAACAAAACUGCACAGACCUAUAGUGAUUGGUGUUGGAUGUGUGGUUAUGGGCCUAGGAUGUUUCUUAAUAUCACUACCUCAUUUCCUGAUGGGCCGAUACGAAUAUGAGAAAACAAUCUUGCCUUCAAGCAACUUGUCCUCAAACAGCUUCUUGUGUUCGGGAAACAGAACCCAGACUUUAACACCAACACUGGACCCUAAAGAGUGUUCAAAAGAAAUUAAAUCCUUAAUGUGGAUAUAUGUAAUGGUAGGAAAUCUUAUCCGUGGAAUUGGUGAAACUCCCAUCAUGCCCUUGGGUAUUUCCUACAUAGAAGAUUUUGCCAAAUCUGAAAACUCUCCUUUAUACAUUGGGAUUUUAGAAACAGGAAGAGUUGUUGGCCCUUUGAUUGGACUUUUAUUGGCAUCCUUCUGUGCAACCAUUUAUGUAGACAUUGGAUCUGUGAAUACAGAUGACCUGACCAUAACUCUCACUGAUACACGCUGGGUUGGUGCUUGGUGGAUCGGCUUUUUGAUCUGUGCAGGAGUGAAUGUCCUGACCAGCAUCCCCUUUUUCUUCCUUCCCAAAACUCUCCCAAAAGAAGGACUAGAGUAUAAUGCAGAUGUGACUAAAAGUAACAAAGAAGAGAAACACCAUGAAAAAGCCAAGGGAAAAAAACGUGGAAUCAUCAAAGAUUUCUUGCCAUUCAUGAAAAGCCUUUUCUGCAAUCCGAUUUAUAUGCUUUUCACACUUAUAAGUGUGCUCCAGGUCAAUUCAUUUAUCAUUACUUUUACCUUUAUGCCAAAAUACCUGGAACAGCAAUAUGGAAAAUCAACUGCAGAGGUAAUCUUUCUCAUAGGUGUUUAUAGCUUACCUCCAAUAUGCAUUGGAUAUUUAAUUGGUGGCUUGAUUAUGAAAAAGUUCAAGAUAACUGUCAAGCAAGCUGCAUACAUAGCAUUCUGUUUAUCCCUGAUUGAGUACCUGAUAUUUUUCUUAAACUUAAUGUGGACCUGUGAUAAUUUUCCCGUUGCUGGCUUAACUACAUCUUAUGAACAUGAACGAAUUCAACAGCCUUUGUAUAUGAAGAAAAAUAUUCUUGCAGAGUGCAACAAAAAGUGUAACUGUUUAACUAAAACAUGGGAUCCAGUGUGUGGAGACAAUGGCCUAUCAUACAUGUCAGCCUGCCUUGCAGGUUGUGAAAACUCUGAUGGAACAGGAAUCAACAUGGUGUUUCAAAACUGCAGCUGCAUUCAGGCUUCAGGAAGCUCAUCUGCUGUCCUUGGACUGUGUAACAAAAGCCCUGACUGUACUAUAAAGCUACAGUACUUCUUAAUCGUGUCAGUAUUCGGCUGUUUCAUUUUCUCGCUGGCAGCCAUACCUGGGUAUAUGGUUCUUCUGAGGUGUACGAAGUCUGAAGAGAAAUCCCUUGGAGUUGGAUUACAUACAUUUUUCACAAGAGUAUUUGAAACUUUGCAUUUACUCAUAAUUCCUAAAAGAGGCAUUCCAGCACCUAUUUAUUUUGGUGCCUUGAUAGACAGAACCUGUUUACACUGGGGAACUCUGAAAUGUGGUGAGCCAGGGGCAUGCAGGAUGUAUGAUAUAAAUGAAUACAGGAACAUUUACAUUGGGUUGCCAGCAGCUCUAAGAGGAUCAAGCUACCUCGUGUCAAUCUUCAUUCUAAAACUUUUGAGGAAGUUCCAACUCCCUGAGGAAACUGACUCUUCAGAGACUGAACUUGCCGAGAUGAAGCUCACAGAAAAGGAAAGCGAGUGCAUGGAUGUGCACAGAAGUCCUGAGUUUGAGAAUGGCAGAGAACUGAAAACAAAGCUGUAAUGAGAUUUCUAAUGGCCUGCAUAGACCCGUGGACAGAGUCUGCAUCUGGUUCUUUUGAAUCAUGAGUUAUAGGAACAAUUAUGCUCAAAGACCUUAAGAAUGAUUUUUAAUAAUGACAAAAAUAUUUACUGUUAUUAUUUUUAAAAUAUAGUGGUAGCACUUAAGAUUAUCCGAGGGAAGACUAUGGUGAUCCCCCUAUCCUCCCACACACAUAGAACUUUAAAGCAGUCUUCAUAUGGAAAAAAAAAGAAAAUCAGAUAAGGGUUUUUACAUUCAUGCAUACGCGCGCGCACGCGCGCGCGCGCGCACACACACACACAGAGAGAGACAGAGAGAGAGAGAGAGAGAGAGAGAGAGAGAGAGAGAGAGAGAGAGAGAGAGAGAGAGAGAGAGAUCCAUGGGAGUGUCUACCACAUGUCCAGUGAAGUACUUAAUGGUCAAAGUUAGUUAAGAAAGAAAUUGUAAGGCACUAUAAAAAAACAGUCACAGAACAUUCAUGCAGUAAAACAGGGCACAACAGCUGUCGAACGCUAAGAGGUACCCAUGACCCUACCCUUAAAAAGGUUUACUGACAAACCUGCCUGACUUGGCUAAUGGUCUAUGACAUCAGAGAAACUACUGGCUUUAGAACAUCUGGCUUAGGAGCAGCUAAAUGCUGGACAUAUUAAAGAAUCUACCAGCUAUUGUAA